AUGCCUGUUAUCCGUGACAGCGACCAAGAGUUCCACCUCGCAUACUCAGAAGAGGAGAAGCUUAACCAGUUUCAGACGAUAACCUCAUUCCCGGAAGAUGAGCUACCACUGAUCGUAAAGCUUCUUCAAAGCCACUCAUGGAACCUUGAGCCGGCACUCAGCCGGUACUUUGACGGAGACUGGAAGGACAACCUCCACCCGCCAGCGAUUGGAACACGCCCCGAGGCGUUCGAUGGCGGAGCACACAUGCACGGGCGGGCUGCAUUCGCAUACGAGCGACCGUUCGUACCGGCACUUCCGAUAGUCACGCAGUUGCCGCACGACUACAAGGAGAAGUUCCAGAUGCUGGGGUUGGAGCCGCGGCGCACACGCAUGAACACGAAUCCGGUGCUGCUUGCGAUUAUGCUUUUACCGAACCUUCUCAUGCGGCUGGGCAUCGGCAUUUUGUCAUUCCUCUGGAACCUAUUCUCGUUUGGCAUGGGGCGCAGCGAUGACGGCACGCUUCAGACAGAGCGGUUCCCUGAUAGGCCACAAGAACCGUUACGCCCUGCUGCCGACGAUAUAACCGCCGUGUUGGAGGAGGAGUCCGAGAAUCUUCUGGAGUUGGCUUCUACUGCAAGCUUCAACGACGUAUGGCGCGAGUGCGAGUCCAAAUUCAAAUUCAUGCUUGUGGUGUUCUUGGGUGAGUUGGUCGGGGAGGAAACAGACCUUAACUCGCAGCGCUUCUUGAAGCAAAUUUUGGCCGACCCGUCCACCAUCUCUUUGAUGAAGGAACACAAGGAUGAGCUCGAGGUGUACAUUGCAACCACACAUGACGAGGACGGAUGGUAUGUCGGCCGGCACUUGGGAGUGCGCUACACGCCUGAGUGUCUCAUAAUUGCCAACGUGCUCAACUCCAAUGGCUCUGUGAAUGGCGUAACAAGGAUGUCCAUAUUGGGGAAGUUCAGACUCUCCUCAUUAAAGAAGUUUCAGAGAUCAUUUAAAAUACAAGUCGAGCGGUAUUCUCCGGAGCUUGUUGUCAGCCGGACUGAAAGGGAGGAGAUUGAGCUAGCCAGGAAGAUAAAGGAAUUACAGGAUCAGGCCUUUGAAGAAUCAUUGAGACAAGACCAGAUCAAGGAAGAGAAACGGCGCAUGGAGGAGCAGGAGAUGCAGUUCAGAAAGAUGCAAGAAGAACAGCUACAACACCAGGAGCAGCUACAGAAUACCACAUACAAUCUUUACUGGAUGGCAUCGGCGUUGGAAACAUGGAGCACGCUCAAGGCGGGAGAGACUAGUGGGAAACAGGCGACUUUGCAAAUACGGACUUCCGGGGGUAAGCGAAUGAUUCGGAAAUUUUCCGGCGAUACAGAGUUGCCAGAAAUGUACCUACAAAUCGGUUCGCAUCUAUAUCUAGAUGAAACUAGUGCUGAUCCUGAUGUUUUCGCAACCCAGAUCCUCAACAAAGCGAUAGAGUUAUCGGACGAUGAUGAGGUGUUGUGUUUCAAAGAUGGAUUAGGGCCACAGCCGACGAUUGAUGGAGUCAAAGAUAUAGUCCUCGAAGAAGGGCAAAAGUGGGAGGUGGUAACAGAUAUCUCCCUCGCAUAUGAGCAGGGAUACUUUGAUUUUGAGCUAAUCUCACCGUUCCCCAGGUUAAAGAUCCCCUUUGACAGCAAAAAAUCUAUAAAACACAUUUCGCAGAUAUGGCCAAAGGGUAGUCUCUUGGUUGAGGCCAUAGAGGAUGCCGAGUUGUCGACCGGGGACACUGAGGAUGAACAAUAG